AACGCUAUACCAUCGUCUCGUAAAUCAGAAUCGCCAUUGAAGACUGGCACAAACUUGGAACUCAAUUUCUGUAACUUCUUCUUCUUCCAUCCUUCGGAUCGCUCCAGUAGAAUUCCAUCCAAUCGCCUCUACAAUCCUCGUGAGAUCAACGAGGAAAAUUGAGUACCAAUUAUAGUUCCUAUUACUCAUUGGUGGAAUUAGUUGUCAGAGAAGAUGCCUGGUCAAAAGAUUGAAACUGGUCAUCAAGACACUAUUCAUGAUGUUGCGAUGGAUUAUUAUGGUAAGCGUGUUGCAUCAGCUUCAUCUGACCAAACUAUCAAGAUCACUGGUGUAAGCAACUCAGCCACUCAGCAUCUUGCAACGCUUACCGGUCACCAAGGACCUGUAUGGCAGGUUGCCUGGGCACACCCAAAAUUUGGUCCCUUGCUUGCUUCAUGUUCUUAUGAUGGUCGUGUGAUAAUAUGGAAGGAAGGCAAUCAAAAUGAGUGGUCGCAAGCCCAUAUUUUCGAUGAUCAUAAAUCAUCUGUUAACUCAAUUGCUUGGGCCCCUCAUGAAGUGGGUCUUUGUUUGGCAUGUGGUUCAUCUGAUGGCAAUAUCUCUGUAUUCACUGCAAGAGCAGACGGUGGUUGGGACACCUCUAGGAUCGAUCAAGCUCACCCAGUUGGAGUCACAUCUGUUUCAUGGGCUCCAUCUACCACACCGGGUGCUCUUGUUGGCUCCGCUUUACUCGAUCCUGUUCAGAAGCUAUGCUCAGGCGGUUGCGACAAUACAGUGAAGGUGUGGAAGCUGUACAAUGGAGUUUGGAAGAUGGAUUGCUUCCCAGCUCUCCAAAUGCACAGUGAUUGGGUUAGAGAUGUUUCAUGGGCUCCUAACCUUGGUUUGCCGAAAUCAACAAUUGCAAGUGCGUCUCAAGACGGGAAAGUUGUUAUCUGGACCGUUGUGAAAGAAGGAGAUCAAUGGGAAGGUAAGGUUCUAAAGGACUUUAAAACCCCUGUUUGGAGGGUAUCAUGGUCGUUAACGGGCAAUAUCCUGGCCGUGGCUGAUGGAAAUAACAAUGUUUCAUUAUGGAAAGAAGCAGUGGAUGGUGAUUGGCAGCAGGUUUCAACUGUUGAACCUUAAUGUCCUCUUUUUUACUUCUUUUCGUAACACAUUUUGGUAUACUUUACACAAUUUUAACUCUGUAAGACAUCAAAAUUACCAAGAGAUCUAGAGAGCUUUGGACUAUUUUAACUUCUUGUUUGUUGUCACAGCUACUUUUAUCUUUUGCGUCUAUUGAGUUUGAUGAAUUCUAUUUUCUAUCACACUCCAACUUACACCAUUCACAAUGAGAUGGUGGAUCGUUAAUUCAACAUUAUGUGUCAACCCAUAAUUCAUAUUAUUUCAGUAAGUAUUUAAAAGGUUUAAAUA